UUAUUUACAGUUGAUGUCAUCCUUUUCCAAACCGCUCCGUACCCCUCCCUGCCUCCCUACCCACCAGCUGAACCCCCCGCCCGGCUGUCAGGCGAGAUAUCGCGAUACGUUACAGGAGCUGGUGGGAUUUGGCCUUGAGCGAGGUACAGCCCUUCUGGGGGUAAGUUUGUAAACACGGAGGCUCGGACACGGAGAGGUGGCACGAUGCCCAUGCACCCUCUGCCCACUGGUGCCCAGUAACAUGGCGGACCGGGCAGACCUGUAACGUUUAAUGAGGUGUGGGAGGUCGGAGCUUCUCAUGGGCUGAAGGACCCUCAAGAACAGUAACCCUCAGUGCCCAGAUCUGUGUCAGGUUAAUACAAGAACCUGUGGAAUAUGAGUGAUGACAAACCAUUUGUAUGCACUGCCCCUGGAUGUGGCCAGCGUUUUACCAAUGAAGAUCAUCUGGCCGUACAUAAGCAUAAACAUGAGAUGACACUUAAGUUUGGACCAGCUCGAAAUGACAGCGUUAUUGUUGCAGAUCAAACACCAACACCAACUCGUUUUCUGAAAAACUGUGAAGAAGUCGGUCUAUUUAACGAGCUUGCAAGUCCAUUUGAAAAUGACUUCAAGAAAGCCUCAGAUGAUGACAUUAAGAAGAUGCCCUUGGAUCUAUCGCCUCUUGCAACACCUGUUAUAAGAAAUAAAAUUGAAGAACCAGCAGUAGUUGAAACAACUCACCAAGAUAGCCCAUUACCUCAUCCAGAGUCUACUACAAGUGAUGAAAAGGAAGUAACAUUGCCAACUGCACAGCCCACACCUACCAUUGUUCGACCUGCUUCACUUCAGGUUCCCAAUGUGCUGCUUACAAAUUCUGAUUCAAGUGUCAUUAUUCAACCGGCUAUACCUUCACCAACAUCCAGUACUGUAAUCACUCAAGCUCCAUCUUCUAACAGACCUAUAAUACCGGUUCCAGCUCCCUAUCCUCUAUUGUUACAUCUACCUAAUGGACAAACCAUGCCUGUUGCUAUUCCUGCCUCAAUCACAAAUUCCAAUAUACAUAUACCUGCUUCAGUCCCACUUGUCAGACCUGUCACCGUGGUGCCUACUAUACCAGGAAUCCCAGGGCCUUCCUCCCCACCACCUGUCCAGUCAGAGGCAAAACUGAGACUUAAAGCUGCUUUGACCCAGCAACACCCUCCGGUAACAAAUGGCGACACAGGCAAGGGACAGGCCAGUGCAACUGUAAGAUCUCAGCCAGAGGAAACUCAUCCACAGUCAUUACAGCAGCCUGCUACAUCUACCACUGAAACACCGGCUUCACCAACUCCCCCCACACCACAACCUCAAAGCACAGGGGGGCGCCGGAGGAAAGCAGCAAGCGAUGACCCAGAUGAAAAGAGGAGAAAGUUUUUAGAACGUAACCGUGCAGCUGCCUCAAGAUGCAGACAAAAGAGGAAGGUUUGGGUUCAGUCAUUAGAGAAGAAAGCAGAGGAUCUGAGUUCAUUUAAUGUGCAACUACAGAAUGAAGUCACCCUGCUGAGAAAUGAAGUGGCGCAGCUGAAACAGCUUCUUCUGGCUCAUAAAGAUUGCCCUGUAACCGCCAUGCAGAAGAAAUCUGGCUAUCAUAAUGCAGAGAAAGACGAGAGUUCUGAAGACAUUUCGUUGCCUAGCAGUCCGCAGACUGAAGCGAUACAACACAGUUCAAUUAGUACUUCUAAUGGAGUCAGUUCCACGUCUGUGGCAGAAGCAAUAGCAACAUCUGUUCUCACCCAAAUGGCAGAUCAAAGUACAGAGCCAGCUGUUGCACAUGUUAUGGCUCCGCCUCCUGCGCAGUCAUCUGGAAGUUGAUUAAAAUUGUCUGUGACGCAGUAGGACUUAGUAACAAUUGCUGACUUUGAAGGGAAAAUCAUUGACCGGCCAGUCUUAAAUUAGGAGGAAAAAGUAGCUCAAAAUCAUAAUUUAAUUUACAAAAAAAGUAGCCCACCAUUGUUUUACUCUGGUUAAGGAUUUCUUUUUUUCCAUUAAUAUUUAAUUCUUAUUUUGGAGGGGAUGUUGCAUUUAAUUUCUCCUUUAAGCAUAUAUGAUAUGCACGAAUAUGGUUUAAAAAUUUUACUUUGAUAUUUUUGUUUUAAGAGAUAUCAGGAUGACCUUUCAAAUUGAAAUGUUGAGUAUAUGGUGGUAAUGGUUAGUCUGCAGCAUUUAUACCAAAGUUCUGCAUAGUUCCUUUUGACUUUGAGUGUCAAGGUCAUAAUGCACUAGGCAUGAGAAAGAAAGACAAGGUCGGUUUGCUUUUAAUCUUUUUGCCUUUUUAUUUUGCACAUUCAGAGGGGGAGAGUAUUGGGAGAAAGUCUAUCGAUUUUUGUUUUAUGUAGGUUAUUUCGGCUUUUUAAUCAUUUUAUUUUAAAUUGAACAUACUACUUGACGUAAAGAUAAAAUGACAACCUUUGUAGUGAUCAAAAUCGCAUCAUUUUAGAUGUAUUUUAAAAUACUUUUUCUGUAGUUGAAGUGCAGUUAUUUAGUUUUAAUGUUUUUCUUGGGAAGCUUACUAAAAUCGUAGUAACCAUUCCGUGGAGUGUUAGUUUAUUAGUAAUAAGUAGAAUGGUUUUUGAAAUUCCACAUCUACAUGUAAUAUCAUGACGUUGAUGUAUACCAUGAUUAUGACCGCCAGAAAAAGCCUAAAAACCUACAUCGGACAAUUCGGAAAAACUAUUUUUGUCAUUGUAUUUGCAAGCUAACGUUAUUAAUUAUUGUGUAAGCACUGUCAUCUUCCUAGUAGCAAACUUUUGAUACAUUUCUUGUGGAUAAACAAAUCGGUAUCAAGAUACUUUUGGAGAUGUUACUGUGAUGUUCUGAGUGUAUGAGUAGGAGGGGGGGGGGGUAGUUGGGGAAUGAUGGAGGUAUGAAUGAAUCUGUAGAUUCGUGCCAGCAAAGUAUGCUUGAAUGUUUAAAGAUGCCUUCAAUAUAUGCUGGCUCAUACAAGAUUGCAGGUGAAUUAAACCAUUGUGUAUUUAACUAACAUUCCAUGACGUAACUUGUUUUGGAGGCGAUGAUUGUAAAGUACGCAUUCUCACUAUCCAGUUGUCUGUCGGAUAUUGAGUUAUCUCAAUGUGCCAUUAUCUACUCUGAUUCACAAUGCAAUAUUUCAGUAAAUCAAUGUGUUUACAUGGAUAUAUAAAGAAGCAUCUGUUUGCAGAGAUCUGCUCUCUAAAUUCUGGAUUCAUCAGUAGCUUUUUCUGCAACUGGUAGUGCUAAUUUUAUACAUUCUAUAAUCCAGAUCUGUCAUGCACCCCAUCAUGAAUAUAUAUAUUUUAAACUUAGUAAAUUGUUUAAAGAUUAAUUUAGGACAAACUCUAAAUGCAAAUCAGUUGGAAUCCGAUUUUUAGAGGGACUGUUUUAGUGCAACACAAUGCAAAGUCUAAUUUUUAAUCAUCUAUAAAUCGUGCAUGUGUACAGACUGUUUGCAAUGCAUGCUGGGUUUAAUCCACAUGCCCGCAGACUGUAGCUGUAGCGCUCAUGGUAAGGUGUUCCAGUUAUUUAAAAAAUACUUACACCUCUACGUUUGCUGGCCAUUUGGAAAUGAGUGUAGAUGAUAAAAAUGGAUCUCUGUCAUAUUUCGCAUGACGGGUCCCUUUAAAGAAAAUGCACUACAUGAUAUAUGGGUAUAUUUUAUUAUUUGAUCGUGGAUGGGGGCAUGCAGUAUAUAAUUUCACAUAUUAUGCUGUUAGAACCUCCAUGGAAAAAAAUGUGAAUUCUGCAGGAAAGCUUUAGAUUUCAUUUCAAUGACAUCUUUGCAAUUACACGUCAUUAGUGAAAUAGUGAUUAUCCUUGAAUAAUACAGACACGUUUUCACCUUAUUUAUACAUUUCAAUUACUUUUCUUUUGUAUUCUUAAAUUGUAAAUGAAAAGAACAUCUUGUAAGUAUGAAGAGAAAAUGUACUUGGUGAAUGGUGUUCCGGUAUUAGAAAUGCGCAUCUUUGUUCUGCCACUAGAAAAAAAAAUUGCUCUAAAGUCCUUUUCAUAACUUGUCACUAUGUCUGUACUUAACAAUUUUGAAUCUUUGACAUUUCACAAACUGUACUUUUCACUCUUAGUACAGUUUGCAUGAGUAAAUUAUGUACAAAUAAAAAAUAAAAAAA